GAGACCGGCAGGCGAUGGGAUGGAUUCCCAAAUGGAUGAUCCCGAAUUGAUCUUCGAAGUUUCAGAUCAGAUUAGGGACUGUCCGUGCGCCUGUGAUCAUGUCAUUUAUGGCCCCGGAUACACGACCUGUCUGCAGGAAGAGAGAUUUCCACCGGCACCGGACGUAACCCGAAGACUUGGCGCGACGACACCCAUAGGAAAGGGCGAUACGCCGCCGUAUUAUAGGGCUGCAUCGGUCACCAACAGCUCCAGCACUCAGUCUUCCCGAGUCGACCUAUCCACAAAACACUGGUGGAUCAUAGUCACAGUCCUUCUGCUGGCCGCAGCUGCUGGUGUCGGCGUACCAAUAGCACUGAAAGUGAGCGCUGGAGCUUCUUUGGAGGAACGAUUAGAGUUCGCAUCAAGACUGCUUCAGGAGGUGCCGCUGAUCGAUGGUCAUAACGAUUUGCCUUGGAACAUACGGAAGUUUCUCCACAACAAACUGAAAGAGUUCAAUUUUGCUGCUGACCUCAGGAACGUAUCGCCGUGGUCCACGAGCGCUUGGAGCCACACGGAUCUUCCGAGGCUAAAAAAGGGACACGUAGCCGCUCAGUUCUGGGCAGCCUACGUCCCUUGCGAUGCGCAGUAUAAGGAUGCCGUGCAAUUAACUCUUGAGCAAAUAGAUAUCAUUCGGAGGUUCACGGAUCUCUACAAACCAUCAUUGACGUUGUGUACUUCGGCAGAAGAAAUAAAAACAGCUUAUAGCAAAAAUCAAAUUUGUUCCCUGAUUGGUGUCGAGGGUGGUCAUUCUCUGGCUGGUAGUUUGGCAGUUCUGCGAUCGUUUUACCAUAUCGGGGUGCGUUAUUUAACAUUAACAUCGACGUGUAACACUCCAUGGGCUGAUUGUUCGAUCACAGACUUACCAGGCAAGAAACCAGAGCACGGUGGAUUAAGCAGCUUCGGAAAGACGGUCGUGAAAGAGAUGAAUCGCCUGGGAAUGAUAGUGGACCUAUCACACGUCUCAUUGCGCACCAUGCGAGAUGCUCUUGCGGUGUCCAAAGCCCCGGUAAUCUUCAGCCACUCCUCGGCCCAUUCACUUUGCAAUUCAACAAGAAAUAUCCCCGACUCGACGUUGAGGAAACUGGCACUUAACAAAGGCAUAGUGAUGGUCAGCUUUUACUCAAAGUUUCUAACUUGCACGGAUUCUGCCACAGUAUCGGAUGCAGUAGCGCACAUAAAUCAUAUAAGGGAUGUGGCCGGAGUGGAUAACGUCGGGCUUGGGGCUGGAUACGACGGGAUAAACUUCGUUCCUCAAGGUUUGGAGGACGUCGCUUCGUAUCCCACAUUGUUCGCCGAAUUAAUUGGAUCCGGGAAAUGGACCGUGGAUGAUCUCAAGAAGUUAGCCGGAUUGAAUUUCUUGAGGGUGAUGCAAGAGGUGGAGAAAGUGCGCGACGAAUUUGGAAAAGCUAAAGUACCGCCGUACGAAGACGUUUUGCUACCUAGGCCGAAGGAGAACAACUGCUCUUCAGUUGACAAUUAGACUGAUUUAACAACAAAUAUAUAUAAAUAUAAAAAAGGAAAUUUUAAAUUCAUGACAAAGGCUUUAUUCAUAGGCAACAAAAUUUAACCAAGGUGCUAAAAUUAAUUAGUUUCAUGUAGACACCCUCUAAACCUGUUCAUGUGUUCAUACAAGAAUUUCCUCCCCCUACUCUACUAUGUGACUGAUUACGAGAUCUUGACGGCGAAACUUGGGCUACUUUUGGCUGCAGCCACAAAUUAAAGUAAGAUUAAUUAACUGCUAUGCAUAAACAAUUGAAACGGAAUUAAUGAAAAAGAAACGGACUUUAAAUGUGACGCAGCGUGAAAAACGAGCGACACAAUUAAAGCCCACUUAAUCUAAUUUAGCUUAAAUUAUAAAUGAUUUGUAAAUAAUAUCGGGGGCUCUCAUCUACCGAAUGAAGUAUUCUACUGUUCUGUUG